AUGGGCACUGGAAUCGAUUCUGUGAUGACCGUUGCAAGCCAAGUCCAACAACAACAACAACAAGUCGACCAUGACGAGGGUGUCGAGGUGACUACCGUGGUGCCAGUCCAAGAGAAUGAGAUUGUGUUUGUGGCAGCCCAAGAAGAGGAUGAGAAUGACUCUCCACAAGAAGAACCGAGUGUUCCGGUUUCUGCUGAUGAUGCAUCUUCCCGAGGUUACUGCGGCUGUGGCUACGACAAUGUGGCCAUGGCCAAGGGGAUAUCAUUGUUGGGAACGGCCCGUGGUCCCAUUGUCAUGUCCAAUAUCUUCUUGUCGACAGCACUCAUCUAUUUGGCGAGUGAACAAGUGGGGUGUCUGGAAACUACGCCCGAAGGAGAAACACAAGUCGUGGAAGACUGCGAGGAACGUGUUUAUGGCGUCUUUUCUCCGGCCGCACUGAUUACCAAUAUUGCCGUCAUUUCCGGAUUGCUGGCCGCCUGCCUCAUGCCCAUUGCCGGUGCCAUUGUCGAUUAUACGGCCCAUCGAUGGACCACGGGUGUCGUAUCCGCACUGCUCAUUACGAUUAUUCAAAUCAUUCAAAUUGCCACCAACAGUUCCAAUUGGUUCCCCAUGGCCAUUCUUCAAGCCGUGGCGGGAUGUUUUUAUCAGAUACAAGUAUUGGCCACAUGGGCCUAUUUGCCCGAUAUUGCCCGACAAGUCAACAAUGAAACCACAAUGACGCGAUUCACAUCCAACUUUACCAUGGUACAAUUCACGGCACAAGCGGCCUUUUUGUUUUUGGUAGUGGCCAUUUCCACAACACUCAAUCUGACCGAUGUCAAUACCGGUCGUCUCAGUCAAGCCAUGAAUUCCCUCGGGAUUGUUGUUUCCUUCAAAUGGGGAUGGACACUCCUUCCCAUUGUUCCAGCACGGCAGUCGUUAUUGCCCCAAAAAAAUCUAUUGUGGCAAGGAUUUUUGCAAAAUUGGAAUACGGCCCAAAAAAUCAAUCGCGAGUAUCGCAACAGUCUGCGAUGGUUUUUAUUGGGCAUUCUCUUUGCCGAACCGGCGGCCAAUGCAUUCACGGUCGUGGCCGUCGUCUUUUUGAAUGAACAACUCGGCAUGGGGGGCAAUGACAUUGGCAUUUUCUUUGGCGUCGUAUUGGUCGCCAUGGUUCCCGGAGGACUCAUAUUUCAUGGAUUGACCUUGCGGACCGAUCCCAAUACGGCACUCCGGGUCUCCAUGCUAUUAAUGUUUCUAUUGGUCGUUGUGGGAGCACUGGUAUUGACACCCGACAAUGUCUUUCCCAUUGCGUACAUUUGGGGAUUGGCUGUGGGACUCAUUUUGGGAUGCUUUUAUCCCUGUCAACAAUUGUUUUAUAGUUUUGUCGUGCCACGGGGACAAGAAGCCGAAUUCACUGGAUUUUAUGUCUAUUGUACCCAACUGCUCGUGUGGUUGCCACCCCUGGUCUUUUCGACGAUGGUCGAAGCACACGUCGAUCAACGAAUUGGAUUGAUUGUGGUCGGCUCCUUCUUUUUGAUCUCGAUUGCCAUUUUCUCCAUGGCGCCGCCCUUUGACGAAUUGCUACUGGAAGUACACAGCAAUGAUAAGAACCGAUUGUCGUUUCGAGGACUUGACGACAAUGAUGCGUUUGUGGCGGACAACACCCGGGAACUGUCUGAAGCCAUGGUAUCCACAGACACCAAAGAUGAUGGAGUGGAACACAGUCCUGUCAAACAACGCACCGGGAAUGCGAUCCAGAACAAUGAAGCGGGGAGUGUGCCAUCCGAGGACAAUGUCAUGGCACCGUCCUCGAAUGAAACAAGUGGGAGUCAGGACGAUGAGAGCUCGGACGACCCUUCCAUGGAUGUCAAGUGUCAAGUCCUCCUCAGCGGAAGACUGCGAAUACCAGCAUCUGAUAGGCCAAAGGCUCCCAAACGUGACCAAGAGACAUCAGAAUGA